GGAGGCCAGAAGAUCGGAGACCGCAGCGCUGUCGCCGGCUCCUUGGAGCUCGUUAGGCGGAGCAACGCCGGGGAGCAGUUAAGCAGCUGUCACACCUAAGUUUCCAACCCGCUGUAAACUUUUCGCGGACCCACCCACCCACUCGCCUUUGGGUGGGGGGAAAGUGGCGGGACCACGAGCCAGCUGGCAGACGUCGGUGGACUGCUUGCAGGUGUCUGCUUAUCCCUUACUUUGUACCAAGCACUGAAUUAGGCACUGUGAAGGGACAGGAAGAAGGGUCCUGACCUCAAGGAGCCGUUGAGGAAGCAAGACUCCUGGAAUAGGAAGCUUUCAGCAUGACAGCAGGAAUCUUCAGGGUCUGCCUAGUGGUGGUCACUGCCAUCAUCAAUCAUCCGAUCCUGUUUCCUUGGGAGAAUGCCACAAUCCCAGAAAAUGAGGAGGAAAUCAUCCACAAGAUGAGGGCACACCAGGAGAAGAUGCAGCUGGAGCAGCUGCGGCUGGAAGAGGAGGUGGCCAGGCUGGAGGAGGAGAAGGAGGCCCUGAAGCAAGCUGCUGAGGAUGGCCAGCAGCAGAAUGAAGGCCGGUUGGCCUGGGACCUGUGGAGUACCCUCUGUAUGAUCAUUUUCCUGAUGAUUGAGUUGUGGAGGCAGGACUACCUGGACGGCAUCCCACCUGACUCUCCUGGAGAGGAAGAUGACCUUCACAGCCCAAGGAUCACCUUCCAAGGCAUCAACCUCCCUGAUAAGGUGACGCUAUCCCACUUUUAUGAACGAUGCAUCCGAGGGACUACUGGAGAUGCCGUUCGGACCCGGGAGUUCGUAGAAGGCUUUGUGGAUGAUCUGUUGGAGGCACUGAGGAGUGUGUGCAACCGGGACACUGACAUGGAGGUGGAAGACUUCAUUGGUGUGGGUAGCAUGUAUGAGAACUGGAGAGUGGACAAGCCAUUGCUGUGUGACCUCUUUGUGCCUUUCACACCCCCAGAGCCUUAUUGCUUCCGCCCAGAAGUCUGGUGCACCAGCAAGUCAGUCCCCUUGGACCUCCAGGGUUAUGGCCAGAUCAAGGUAGGCUGGGUCAAUGAGGACUCUGUGAACUGCAUCUGUGGCAAGACCAAGCUGGGAGAGGACUUACUCUGCCUUCUGCACAGUAAGAGCAACAAGAUGAGCCCCAACAGUGAGAUGGAAGACCUGCUGUGUUUGAAGGACUCUCCAUUCUUGGAUAUGGACCAGGUCAUGAAGUGGUUCCAGACAGCCCUCACCAGAGCUUGGCAACGCAUCUCCCGCAAAUAUGAGUUUGACCUGGCUUUUGGCCACCUGGACACCCCAGGAUCCCUGAGGAUCAAGUUUCGUUCAGGGAAGUUCAUCCCCUUCAACCUCAUCCCGGUGGUCCAGUGUGAGGAUUCAGAUCUAUACUUUGUGUCUCACUUCCCCAGAGGCCGUCCUGUGGGGGCCCCGGCCUCCAGUACACACUGGUUCCUUUCUUUUGCUGUCUACGAGAGACACUUUCUUAAGAUGAUUACUAAGGCACUGCCAGAAAAUGCCUGUCACCUUAGCUGCCUUCAGAUCGCCUCCUUUCUGCUAUCAAAGCAAAAUCGUUUGACAGGCGUCAGUGGUCUCAGUAACUACCACCUAAAGACAGCUUUGUUUCACUUGCUGCUGGCCCGACCAGCUUCUGACUGGGGGUCUGGGCACCUGGAACCCCGACUGAAUGACCUGCUCCGCUUCCUGGAGAAGAGCCUUCUAGAAAAGAAGCUUUGCCACUUCUUCGUGGGCAACCAGAAGGUGCCUGAUGCCAUGGGCAUCCCUGCGGUCUUCAGACGGGCAGAGCCCUUAAACCUCUUCUGUCCCUUUGUCCUCCAGCGAAGCCUCUAUCAUAAAACAGUAGAUUCCUUCUAUGAGAUGCUAAAGAAUGCUUCUACCCUCAUCAGUGAGUACUCUUUGCACAUUCCUGCUGACCACUCCAGCUCACUCCAGAAACGGACCCUCUCUUAGGGUAGCAGGCAUGCAAGGCUAGAGGUCAGGGGGGCAUAGAACAUCCCUCUCCCAGGUUCCAUGCCUUCAGAAUCAUUUGGAAACCCAGACCUGAGAAGAAGGGCAGACUUUCUUGGGAGUUGGUGCUCAUCCUCUGGAGGAAGCCAGUGGCCUCAAAGAGCAGGGAAUGUGGGACUUGGGGACCCCCAAAGGCAACAACUCGACUGCUUUUAUGCCAUAUUAGCUGGCUGGUGAUUGAUGGUUCCAUUUACUUUAGGAAUCAUUCCUUUUUAAGCUCUUGUUUGAUUUUUCUCUCCCUUUUCCUUCCUCCCCCUCAACCACUAUGGAGCUGGUGUUCCACAGCAGGAAAGUGAGGAACAAUUCCAAGCUUUUUGACUUGGGUGUAAUCUUUUUUUCUGUUUUUUAUAUCGGGCCCACGAUCUCUACUUGAAUAACUUUGCUUUUAGGAAAGCAGAGCAGGGAGUCUCAGGAAGUGGCAAGGAGAGCACAAAGGGCCAGCCGAUACUGAAAGAAGCACCUAGCUUUUCUUAAAACUCACCAGGUCCUUGGCUGUGGGCUCCUGCAACCAGAAGUACCACCCGCGUCCUAAUGUUAGAAUUUCUAGACUCAGCCUCACAACCUAGGAAGCCAUCUUGGCUACUAUUUAUAUAAAAACAGAAAAGAAGGAUGAUGGAGAUACAAGGUAGUGGUAAGCCGAUGCCUCAGUUACAUGGGGUGUGUGUAAAGAUUUGAAAUGAAGCAGGUUCCUCCAGCAUCCACUGAGCAACUCCCUUGCCCCAGCUUCAUGGCAUAUCAGCUCCCCAGAGCAUAAAAGCUAACCUGUGGGUUCUGGCUUCCCCACACUCUGCCCUUUCUCUCACCUGUCCCUUUUCUGUGCUGGCCUCUACUGGCAUUCUUGUCAGUAGAAUAAUGGGGUGUAUAUAAGGUGGGGUUAGGGUGUAGAUUCUAGUUGAAUAUUAAAAGGGGAGGGGGUGGGGAGAAGCUGAGAUUAGAAAAAGUUAUGUUGGGGGAUGGGAGAGGAGAGAAUACUGAGGGCUGAUUUCAGAACCUGAUGGUGAUUGUGAAGAAAGUAUCCACUUCCUACAACAUUUUUGGUGCUAAGACCCAUCUGUCCUCACAAGUCUGGCCCCAGAGUUUACCUGUCCUAAUCCUUUGUGUCUCAUGACUUUGAAGGCCCAGAACUGAGGAAGGCAUAUGAAAUGAUCAGUGAGAGAACCAUGGGAAGCAGAAAUACCAGAAGGAACCUGCUCACCUUCCUGGGUUUUCAUAGGACAAACACCUAGAAGGGCUCUGAAGGAGCCCAGGAGGGCUCCUUGUCAGCCUAGAUGUAACCUCCUGGCCGGGCUUCUGCAAGACGCAGAAAUGUGCAUGACAGAAUCCAUCCCUGCCUGCAUUUCACUAUAUGAAUGACUCAGAAGCAAAACCACAGAAUGUCUCAGAAAAAGAAAGCAGAGCCUUCCCAUGUCCUCAGCCAGCAGCCUACCAAACAUUGUUGGGGCACCGGCAGUAACUUAGCCAGUUUUGCCCCGAUUGUAUUUGAUCUGAACCACAGGUGAUGGAGGACUUGGGCAUGGGAACAGGCAGUCCAUAAAGGAGUGGAUGGUAGAAGUUCUCCAGCAUUGGAGCCUGGCAUGGGUGGCACCAGCCCACGGUAGCUUUCACUCACACCCUAGGUUUCCUCUACUUUGGCAGUGGCUUCCUCCGUGCAAAUGGAGCCAGAAAGAAAGGGGUGGGGGAGGGAGGAAAAGAGUUGAACAAUCACCUUGGUACAGUUUCUUUCCCAACUCUACACCCCUCCCUGCCCUAGCAAUAUAGAGUUAUUGAAUAACUCAUCUAUUGAUCUUCAGGGGUUGGAUCCCUGUCAUGCCUGAGAAAAAGAAACAAUUUCUACCUCUCUCUGACUCUUAAUAAAAGCCACUCUCCUCCCAGGGAUUCUUGACAGUUUGCUGAAUAAACGGUAAUUAUCAGAGAGGGAAUCCUGACAGGUAAAGGCCCUGGCUAGGAGUAGUUAAAAAUUACCUUAAAAAAAAGAACAAACCUAACUUCUAGUUCAUGUAGCUUACUGAUAACACAGGGUACUAGCUUAUCCCUGCCUAUUAAGGCAGUACGAUUGAGUGAAAGUGACUUGAGUGAAAGCAGGAGGCAGGAGAAAAGUUUCCUCUCUGCAUUGAUUCUAGUCUCCCACAGGGAGCUGCAGCCACCCCCCUGUGCCAUCUUGGGUGCCAUGGCCCAACCCUCUAAAGCACUUGGCGGUGGCAGCUGCUGAACCAUGGGUGGUCAAUCGCCUUAUUUAUUGCGGCCUUUUUCCUUUUCAAACCCCUGUUCUGUACUCUCUCUGAUGCUCUUUGAAAAGACUACAGAGAUCAGGGACCAACUGGAGUCCAAGUUCCAACCCAAAUCCCAUUUGACUUUCUUCUUUGAUUCCAAAGGAUAUUUUGCUAAGGAAUAUAUUCUGCCUUGUUUUUUAUUUCUAAGACAAAUCCUAACGGGGCAAAAUGGAUCUUUUUUGUAUCCAAAUGCUGCUUCUAAAGCAGAAUGUUGUUGAAGUUUUUGUCUGCACUUGGUAUUUUAUGCCGCCUUAUUUAUAUUAUAUUAAAGAGUUAAGUCUUGUG